AUCCAGUUCUGAAGGGGGUGUGUUGAAGAUUGGCAAGCUCUGUCCUUCCUGAGAUAACGUUCAGCCCUGCACCGUGUGUUCCGGAGCAGACAGGAAGUGAUGUCGGCAGUGCACAAGAGCAGACUGGGGAAGCGCUCUCCAAUGGGGGCGCUGGUGUGUGCCGCGGAUGGCUUUGUGGAGCCGGGGCACCCGGGGACGGAGGCUGGUGACGGUGUGGGGGGUCCCAUGAUCGGGCUCGGGUGCCGGGUCAAACUGUACCCAGGACCGAGGGUGUACAUCAACUGCUGUGGACAGGAACGGGCGGGUGUUGCCGAGCAACAUAACAAUGCGGACGGCGAGGUGUCCAUCUUCCUGCCGCAGCAGGGUCAUCACGCUGUAGGCAGCUUCGAGGAGGUCUGGACCACGCCCACCCGUCCGCCCCAAACCAGUCCCCUGCCCCGCCCAGUGUCCUCCAACGUCAGCAUGCCCAACGGUUACAGCAGCCCUGAGUCGGUGGACAUGGAUGAGAUCAUGGCUGCAAUGGUCCUCACCAGCCUCUCCUGCAGUCCAGUGGUCCAGAGCCCCCCUCAGAGGGACCCCACCGCAGCCUCCUGCGAGAUGGAGUGUGGCGGGGGCGAGCUGUCCGACAGCGGCAGCAGCGGCUACUGGAGCUGGGACCGCGGCAACGGAAGCCCCGCCCCUUCCCCGUCCAUCCCUGAAACAGACAGCUGCCUGGCCCCCGCAGUGGACGAGGGCCUCGACAUGGAGCUGGAGCAGGUCCUCUUUGACGAGCCAGCAAGCAGGAAACCUAAGAGCUCAGGCAGGCUGGCGUACAGGUGCCUGUGGCCAAGCUGCGGCAAGGUGCUGACCUCCGUGGUGGGGAUGAAGAGGCACAUUCGGACGCUGCACCUGGGACACAGCAGUGAAUCAGAGCAGUCCAGGAGAGAGGAGGACUUCUACUACACAGAGAUCCACCGUGAACUGGACUCAGCGCCCGCCUCCGCGGCCCCAGCCAUGCCCUGCGCCUCUCCUCCCAACCCCCCCACUGACCCAGGAUCAGCCACGCCCCCACCCAGCCUGCUCAGUCAGUCUGCCCCGGACAGGUGCUGGCAGGUCCGCUCUGAGCACCUGUACCAGACCAGCGCCCCCAUGCAGGUGACAGGGUCCCCCAGCGCCUCGUGCCGGUGGACUCCCUCUGUCAGCGUCCUCCCCAGCCCGCAGACCGCCCCGUUCCGAAGCCGCUCCGUCAGCGUCGGCGAGCAGUGGAUCCAGCAGCAGAGCGCCUCCCUCAGGCCGCACCCCGCCAGUCGGUCCCCACCGCGCGGGCACUGCACCUCCAGGAGGGUCAGAGGGGAGGCCAAGAAGUGCCGCAAGGUGUACGGCAUCGAGCGGCGGGACCAGUGGUGCACGGCUUGCCGCUGGAAGAAGGCCUGCCAGCGCUUCGUGGACUGAGGGCUGGAGACAGGAGGCCCCAGAGUUCAG